AUGCGAAGGAGCAGCAAAGGCGGAAUCAAGUCCACGAUGCUGAAAGACCCAACGAACCAGCUGUCAACAUCCUUUUACACAAAGAACAACAUGGUUGUCACUUCCACGACCGCCGAGCCUCUCAAGAGUCACAGAAACCCCGAAUGCGUCGUCUGCAUGGACGAAUUUCCUGCGGAUCAGCUUAUCUACUUUUGUCCUCCCUCUCCUUCCGACGAAUCUUCGAACUCGAACCUCUCCAACCACGGUUACUGCGGCGGUUGCCUCGUCGAGGGUAUCCGCAGUGCGAUAAAAGGUCGUUAUCCCUUCCGCUGCUGCGGGGCGAUCUUCGACACAAAAGACUACCAAGGUGCCUCCUUGUCCGCAGACGAGAAGCAGGCGUAUGAAGACAUGGUUGAGGAGCUCACCACGCCCAACCCGCUAUACUGCUCCAACCGUCAAUGUGGCAGUUUCAUCAAACCCGCCCUGAUCAAAAGUGAUCUCGGGUGUUGUCCCAAGUGCUUCGCCAGCACCUGCAAGCAUUGCCGUCAGGCUUCCCACCCGAGAUUGGUUUGCAAACAAGACCAAGAUACACUCAAGGUGCUCGCUCUGGGCAAGAAGCGUGGCUGGAAACUCUGCCCGGUGUGGCGCCUCCAACAUGACAGUGUCGACGAUCGGCGCCAUCUCUGGCACCCAAGCUGUUGGAGGCCAGAAGAUUACGCCAUCCAUAACACACCCCCGGGAGUGGAGCAGCCACAGCGCCCUCGCCGUGGAUUCAUUGACAUGUUGGGUAGACUUCACGAUCAGUGGCGGUAUCUGGACCGAGAGUGGAGGCUGGAGUUGGAGCGGGAGAAGUUACGCCGGCGGGAGAGGCCAAGGGAGCUGGAGAUGGAGGAGGAGCUGGAGACGCUCGAGAAUACGGCUUUACGCGCUCCGAACCCCCUUCAGUCCGCGGCUAAAAACAACAGCAACAAUAUUAACCACUACCAACAAGCUAGGUCUAGGCCUCAGCAAAACGCCCAGCCUCACCAGCAACCUCGCCAAGAGCAUCACAAUCCCCUCAUCAAUCGCGAGCAUGAGCGUGGCUCUCCAUGGCAGCCUUUAAUGGUUGCGCCCCCCAGACCGGUUUUCUAUCAGCGCCAGGCGAAUCCGUGGCCGAAUCAGCCGCCCGAACCCCGAGGCCGAGGGCAGAGGCGGAGUUGA